AUGCCCAAACCGCUCGAGACAUCCGAUCCCUCAGACGACAUCUGUCCCAUCUGCAAAUCCAAUCGCUAUCUCAAUCCCUCCCUCCAAUUCCUCAUCAAUCCAGAAUGCUACCACAAAAUGUGUUCAACAUGCGUGGAUCGCAUAUUCAGCUCUGGGCCUGCACCCUGUCCUGUCCUUCACUGCGCUCGCACUCUACGGAAAAAGGGAUUCAAAACUGCGUUUUUCGAGGAUCUAGCCAUAGAGCGCGAAUGCGACAUUCGACGUCGGGUGAGCGAGGUGUUUAAUCGCAGUGAGGAUGAUUUCGAAACGUUACUAGAUUACAAUAAUUAUUUACAAGAUACAGAAGAUUUGAUCUGGGAUCUGGUAAAUGGGAAAGGCAAAGCGAAACAGGAGGCAGAAGAUAAAUUAAGGAGAUUUAGAGAGGCGAAUCGUGGGGCCAUUGAGGAAAAUAAGGCUGCGAGGUUGAGGGAGGUGGAGAUGGGCAGGAGGAGGGAAAUUGAGGAGAAAGAAAUGGCGAGACAGAGGAGGUUGACGGCUUUGAGAGAGGACGCCGAGGAAAAGGCUGAUGUCGAGAAGACUCGAAAACAGGUUUUGGAUCAAUUGGCCAGCGGCGAGGGGGAUGCGGUAGCUAUCACACAACAAGCCCACAAGAUCAUUUUGAAAAAGAGCUCGGCGAGAAGAACCCUGGGAGAGAGGGAUGCAGCAAUUAAUGCUGGAACCGGAAGCGCGGAUGGAGAAGGUCUUACGAUCAGAGGACUGAAGAAAAAGACGGCGCCUGUAGCAGAGAAACCUUACGAUCCAUUUGGAGGUAUCGAUCUUACACCUUCGAGAUACGUAUUGCAGGAUGAUUAUGAAAACCAGUGGGUUGAUGGUAUCAAGCGUGACCCUAAGCACAUGGCUGGCGGUUAUAGCCUCCAUGAUUAUUAUGGAAGAGCCAUGCAUGAUGCCUUGGGUGGCCUCGAGAUAUUCAUCGAAGAUGAGGUUAAAGAUCGACAUCAGCCAGGCUCUUCCUCUAUUGGCACUGCGGCGGCGGUCCAAGCAUCUACGGAGAAGAAACAGACAGCGGUUAAAGCGGAAUCGAUGAUCUAA